GCAAAUAGGGUCGUUACGAUACCUUCGUCGUGGCGUCUUGUUGGUUUUUGAGGUUUCUCGCGCAGUGAUCUGCGAGCUGGAAACCCUAACGAUUGAUUGAAUCGCGGAGAUGGUUUCUUCCUUCGUUCUCCGGUCGUCCCUGCCUCUUUGCAUCGGUUCUUGUUCGUCACGGAGUUCAGCUGCCGCUCCGGUCUUUUCGCGUGCCAUCGUAUCUGUGAGGCUUCUUCCCAUCCAAUCCGAUCGUCGAAGAGGAAUCUUGUCUUCUUCCUUUACAAUUAGGGCACUCGGUGACAUGACAGCAGUGCCAAGUAGCAUUACUGAAAAGGUUUCAUCAAAUCUCAUAGAGUCCGAGAACACAACCUUGUGUGAAGAGCAAUCAAAAGAUGACAAGGGAAAUAAAAAUGAAGGCAGUGACCCAGGAAAAAUCAGUGAUUCUAAGAUGGUUAAAGUUUGUGAUAAACUAAUUGGAGUGUUCCUGGUUGAUAAGCCUACCACAACCGAUUGGAGAAGAUUGCUAGCUUUUAGCAGAGAAUGGAAUAAUAUCAGGCCACAUUUUUACAAGCGUUGUCAGGAAAGAGCAGAUAGUGAGAGUGAUCCAGGGAGGAAGCACAUGCUUCUUCGAUUGAGUAGAAAAUUGAAAGAGGUUGAUGAUGACGUGCAAAGGCAUGAUGAGCUUCUUCAAGUUAUUAUAGAGACACCAGAUAAUAUAGGUUAUAUUGUUGCUAAGCGUCGGAAGGAUUUCACAAAGGAAUUCUUUGCACAUCUUCAUACUGUAGCAGAAUCCUAUUAUGCCGACCUAGAAAAACAAAAUGAGAUUGCAAGGCUAGGAAAUGUUUGUAUUGCCGCUGUACAAUCAUACGACAAUGCAUCAGAAAGCAUUGAGGCCCUCAAUACUGCCGAGCUGAAGUUAAAUGAUAUACUCAAUUCGCCGACUUUAGAUGCUGCCUGCAGGAAGAUUGACAAUCUAGCCGAGAAAAAAGAACUUGAUUCUGCUUUGACACUGAUGCUUACCAAAGCGUGGUCAGCUGCAAAAGAAUCAAACUUGAUGAAAGAUGAGGCAAAGGAUAUACUUUAUCAUCUAUACAAGACUGCUGCUGGUAAUCUUCAGAGAUUGAUGCCGAAGGAAGUCAGGAUACUUAAAUAUCUCCUCACAAUCGAGGAUCCCGAACAACGACUAUCUGCACUCCGGGAUGCAUUUACACCUGGGGAUGAAUUGGAAGGAGAGAAUGUUGAUUGUUUGUUCACAACUCCAGAGGUAUUGUACAGUUUGAUUAACACAGUGGUGGAUGCCUAUCUAUUCAGCAGGGAAGGUACACUAGUGAAGGAAGCAAGGGACUUGAUGAACCCUAAGAUCAUUCAGAGGCUGGAGCAGUUGAAGAAAGAAGUCCAAGAUAAGUUUCUAUAGCUCCCUAACACAUUGUCAGUGUCAUUGCAUUAGAACUUGUAGGAAUAUGCCAUGUUAUAUGAUAAUGUUCAAUUUCACCCAAGAAGGCAAUACAAAGACUUCCAAACAUCAA